AUCCCCGUAGGAAAAUUAGCUCUCUAUGUUGCCUUAGCUGGAAUUCAACCAGAAUGGUGCCUUCCUGUUAUUAUUGAUGUUGGAACUGAUAAUCAGGGUUUACUAAAUGACCCCUUCUAUACGGGACUGAGGCGAAGACGGGUUCGGGGUCAAGAGUACGAUACGCUUAUGGAUAAUUUUAUGAAAGCAUGCACGAAACGAUUCGGACAGGAUACUCUCAUUCAAUUUGAAGACUUUGCUAAUCAAAAUGCCUAUCGCCUCCUGGACAGAUACAAAAAUGAUUACUGUAUGUUUAACGAUGAUAUACAAGGUACUGCUGCUGUCGUUCUCGCUGGCCUUUUGGCAGCCACACGACUUACCGAAAAACCGCUGAAAGAGCACAAAUUUGUAUUCUUCGGCGCUGGAGCGGCAGCUACCGGUGUCGCUGAGUUGGUCGUAAAAGAGAUGAUGGAGCAGGGGCUCAGAGAAGAGGAGGCAUGUGGUAGAAUUUAUCUCAUGGAUAUUGGCGGAUUGAUAACGAAGAGUAGAUCACCAAAUCUGCCAGAUCGUCAUCAAAAAUUUGCAAAGGUAUGA